ACGUGGCAUCGCUUUAUCCCGAUUUCACGUAAAUCCCAUACAGCUCGCCGCCACUUAUCUUCCCAUCGUCGCCCCUUCUCUUUCGAAGUUCCCUGCCAAACCUCCUGCAAAAUUAAACUUGGGGGGAAGAGAGAGAGAGAGAGAGAGAGAGAGAGAGCCUGAGGAGAUAUUGUGAGUCAGAGAGACGGAAGAAGGAAGGAGAGUUUUGUUUUUUAUUGGCCUUUAAUUUGGUUUAGCAGAUCAGAUUCGUUUGAAGAAUUAUCUUUCUGUCACUCUUGAUGGGUGCUCCAAAGCAGAGAUGGACACAAGGAGAAGAGGCAGCUCUUAAGGCUGGAGUUGUUAAGCAUGGGGCAGGCAAAUGGCGCACAAUCCUUAAAGACCCAGAGUUUAAUGGCGUCUUGCAUCAGCGUUCAAAUGUGGAUCUUAAGGACAAAUGGAGAAAUAUGAGUGUAAUGGCAAAUGGAUGGGGUUCCCGAGAAAAGGCCAGAUUGGCAAUCAAAAGGUUGCAACAGGCCCCUAAACUGGAGGAGAACACCAUGGCUGUCAGUGCAGUUGCUCAAAGCGAUGAAGAAAUAGUUGAUGCCAAGCCCCUUGCAAUUUCUAGUGGUGCAGUGCAGAUUGAUGGUUCAAAAAGAUCUAUUGUAAGGUUGGACAAUCUUAUAGUGGAGGCUAUAACCAGCUUGAAGGAGCCUGGUGGUUCUAAUAAAACCACUAUUGCUACAUACAUUGAGGAACAAUAUUGGGCACCACCAAACUUUAAAAGGCUACUGUCGGCGAAAUUAAAGUUUUUGACGGCAAGUGGGAAACUGAUUAAGGUUAAACGCAAGUACAGGAUUGCACCAGCUCCUGCAUUUUCUGACAGGAGAAGAAAUACAUCCAUGUUACUCUUGGAUGGGAAGCAAAGGGUUUCUCCCAAAGUUGAUAGGGAUGAUUUCAAUAUCCCUACAAAAUCUCAGAUUGAUUUAGAAUUAGCCAAGAUGAGGAGCAUGACUGCGCAAGAGGCUGCUGCAGCUGCUGCACGAGCAGUCGCUGAGGCAGAAGCUGCCAUAGCAGAAGCUGAAGAGGCAGCAAGAGAGGCAGAGGCAGCGGAAGCUGAUGCAGAGGCAGCACAGGCUUUCGCAGAAGCAGCAAUGAAGGCGCUGAAAGGAAUAAACACCCCCAAGAUGUUGAUCCGUGUUUGAUGGAAAUACAUAGAGGGGCCUUCAAGAUCAAUGGAUUUAGCAUUUUUUUGGUUCAACAACACUGAUGCGUUUGCUUCCCUCCAAUAUUGUCUGUACUUGUAAAUAUGUAAAGACUUGCAUGGAUAGUGAAAUGCAGGAUUCAACAUUGACACAGUGAAUCCCGCUGAUUUAACUCAGCAAAGGAACUGUACUUUAUGACAAUUUCAUCAUGUGAACAUUUGUUUCA